GCCAGACACCUCCGCUCCGGACUGGGUGGGCGUGUUCCUGGGCAUCCGCAGUCUCGAGUCGCUGGAAAUCGACUAGACUGCAAAUAUCUCGCCUGUUAUGGGCCGAUCGGUCGCGGCUGUACGCGCUAUGCGGGCGCACAUGGUCAGGAACGGACAAGGCUUGCGGAACGAAGGGAUUAGGGUUUAGCUGAGGCAUGAUGCUUGGUUUACAGGGGGAGAAAGCGCUGAGACGCAUCGGCGGGGAAGGGGGCCGCAUCGACACAUGCAUUUGAAGAUGCAAAUCGAUCACCGUGGCGGAACUAAACUGCGGCGAAUGAGACGGGUUCAUAGACAGUCGCGCAUGGGUCAUGAUCUAUGCUUGUGUCGACGAAUGCUAUCGGCUGAAAACGAAACCGGAACAGAAGUCGACGGAGGCCUUGCCGCUGAUGCUGAGAGCAGGGUGCAUGGAGAUAGAAGCGCGGGCCGCCCACAGUAUGUAAAUGAGGAUGGUGGCGAGAACGAAAUGAACAGCCACAGCUCCGCCGAGCAAGAGAGAACCGGGGAGGAAGACAGGGAAGAUAGGCUUACGGCCGAUGGCUACGGCAGCGAAUUCGAAUUCGAGUUCGAAGUUCAUCACAAUGAAGAGUACUCAUACACGGAGAGCGACUACGGAGAAACCGAUAGCGUGUUAAGCAUCCACGGCUGGAGUGACGACGAAGCGGGGAUAUAGCCUCGAAGCACAGAGACGCAUGACCAUGACCGACAAUAUGGAUUCGAGGGUGUGGAAUGACCAUUCGGAUCCGAUUGAUAGCGAGGAUGAGACGACGGAAUGAUUGCAGAGAUGUCGAGUUCAGAGCUGGGACUCAACCAACGAGUUGCUUCGUUGAAUUGAAUUGGUUGAAGUCUUGGCAGUCGAUUCAGUCAGUUAAUGACUGCCCACUUGAUUAAUCAACCAAUGCCUUCGUUUCUGUUUAGUUGACCGUACAAGGCUACAAGCUUGCCGUCAAUCUUGGCGAAUUGAAUUAAUUAAAUCAAUUUCGAGGGGCCAGAUUGAUGGAGUG